GUUGCUUUUCUAUGUUCCUCAAAAUCAUGUCUUUUCAUUGGUGUCAUUUUUUAUGUCUAAUUUUCAUGGUUAGUUUGGGAGUAGAGCAAGCAAAUGGUAAUAGGAUGUUUGCACAGUCUUAUUUCCCUACUCAAUCAAUACAAGUAGACCCAACAGGACAUGGAAAUUUUUUAACCAUACAAUCAGCUAUAGAUUCAAUCCCUUCAAACAAUAAAUUUUGGACUGCCAUCAAUGUAAAGGCAGGCACCUACAGGGAGAAAGUGAAGAUUCCAAUUGACAAGCCUUACAUAUUACUACAAGGAGAGGGAAUAAGCAACACUUUUGUUGAAUGGGAUGACCAUGAUAAUACUGCACAAAGCCCUACCUUUUAUACUAUGGCUGACAAUAUUGUGGUCAAGUAUAUCAGCUUUAAGAAUACAUAUAAUGACCCACCAAAUAAAAAUCCAGUGGUACCAGCCGUAGCAGCUCUGAUAAGUGGUGACAAAUGUUACUUCUAUAAUGUUGGUUUCUAUGGUUUUCAAGACACUUUAUGGGAUGAUCAAGGAAGACAUUACUUCAAGCGUUGUAUUAUCCAAGGUGCUGUUGAUUUUAUUUUUGGUGCUGGCCAAUCUUUAUAUGAGGAAAGUUACAUUGUGGUGACUGCAGCAGCACUAGGACCAGGAAUAUCUGGAAUUAUAACAGCACAAGGGAGAACAAGUCCAGAGGAUGCAAAUGGUUUUAUUUUUAAACAAUGUCAAAUUUAUGGAGAUGGAACAACAUUCUUAGGAAGACCAUGGAGAGCUUAUGCUAGAGUUCUUUUUUAUGAAUGCUCUAUGACUAACAUUAUUGAACCUGCUGGUUGGCAACCUUGGAAUUUUGUUGGUCAUGAGGAUCGUAUUGAAUUUGCAGAGUAUGGUAAUAUUGGACCGGGUUCUAACACAUUCAAUAGAGUCAAUUGGGCUAAGCAAUACAAUGGUCAAACAGUUAAUUCAUUGGCAAGUCUAAGAUUUAUUGAUGAAGAUGGUUGGCUUGAGCAUGAACAAUUCUAAUUCAAAUCACUUUCAACACGAAACUACGUGUCAUCAAUUCUUUUCUACGUAAUUAAAUUUCAUAGACAUAUUUUUUUUUAUAAAUAAAUUACAUAUAUCGUUGGCAGUAUUAGUAUCCAAGCGUAAGCGAUGGCCAAGUUUUAUUUCUUUAUGUGAUUCUCUUUUUUUUUUUUUUAGACGAAUAAAAAUUUAAAUUAGGUGAAUUUUGAGAUUCCUUGAAAUUCUGAGAGACCUCAAACCUUACAAAAUAUCUAAAGAGAUAUUUAUUAGUCACCUAUUAUCGUUGUAAUUGUAAAUGUAUUUUAUUCAC